UUUACCAGGUCUUUGAAAAUGUGGCCCAGAAAUAUGAUGUAAUGAAUGAUUCCAUGACUCUAGGAAUUCAUCGGGUGUGGAAGGAUAUCUUCAUGCACAAAAUGAACCCUUGCCCAGGAACACUUCUUCUUGAUGUUGCUGGAGGAACAGGUGACAUUGCCUUUCGGUUCAUUAACUACGUUCGCGCCGCGCGGCAACGCCAGAUCCAGAGGAAGCUUAAGAACCAUCAGAAUUUGUCGUGGCAGGAAAUUUUUGAGAGUUACCAGGAUGACAAAUCAAACUCCCUAGGGGAUUCCCAAGUGGUGGUCUGUGACAUUAACAAAGAGAUGUUAAAAGUUGGGAAGCAGAAAGCAGAACAGCUUGGCUACACUGAAGGCUUGUCCUGGGUACUUGGGAAUGCUGAAGAGUUGCCCUUUGGUGAUGAUAAGUUUGAUGUUUACACAAUUGCCUUUGGAAUCCGAAAUGUAACUCGUAUUGAUUUGGCACUUCAGGAGGCCUAUCGUGUGCUGAAACCAGGAGGAAGAUUUCUCUGCCUUGAAUUUAGUCAUGUCAGCAACCCUCUUCUUUCCAGGCUCUAUGAUCUCUACAGUUUCCAGGUUAUCCCUGUUCUGGGUGAGGUUAUUGCUGGUGACUGGAAGUCUUACCAGUACCUCGUGGAGAGCAUACGACAGUUUCCCCCUCAGGAGGAGCUGAAGGAAAUGAUAGAAGAUGCAGGCUUUUUCAAAGUGGAUUAUCAGAAUUUAAACUUUGGCAUUGUUGCCAUUCACUCAGGUUUCAAACUGUGAGUCUACUGUGUAACAAAACACAGGGAGUGUAUAUUUGUGAGCAAUAUGAAAGCUGUGGAAUUUUAACA